AUGAGAAGGGGCGGUAACUCCCUUUUUCUCCUCACCUUUCCAUCCAGGGUGACGACAGUGAGUGAGAUUAUUGUCUACGUGACAAAACUGCAUCACGGCUCGAAUAUUCAAUGCAGAGCGCAGAAUGAAGGCUACGAGAAUCAGCCCCUUCAACCGACUUUCACUAAGCUCAAUAUCCACUAUGCACCGGUUGUGAAAAUGCGAGUUUCUUCCACAACAGGUCGGAGAAAUUUACUGGAAAAUGACGUUGUUACCAUCCGUUGCUCCGCUGAAGGUCGUCCAGACAAUUUCACCUGGAGUUGGAUGAUGAAUGGUUCUGUAAUUGAAGGCGAGAGGUCUGAGCAAUACCGAAUUCGUCUUUCUCGAGACUUGAUCAACCUGACUGUGGCCUGUGUGGCUGCCACCUUUGCGGAAGGCAGUGAUCAGACGAUCCUGACAUUCCACUAUGCACCACAAUUCAUUAAUCCCAAUCCAGUAAUCUACGCUGGUGCAUUGGGUGAACCACUACGCAUGCAUUGUGCGGUCGACGGUAAUCCACGACCGGAGGUGGAGUGGCGUCUGGCCUCAGCGCCCUUCCCAACUCCCGUAACUACGUCUGACGUUGGCGGCGCCUUGGCUGGGGUGGGAGCACUGGUGGCCCGGGGAGAAGUAUUCGCCCGGGACAGAAUCCACGAGGGCGACUUUGGCACCUACGUCUGCACUGCACGAUCGUUGGGCUUUUCAGUAGUCUCGAAGAAAGUCAUUCUUGCCAAGAAAUCUCCACGGAUAAAGUCUGCAGAACCGGUCUAUGCGGCUAUUGGAGCAGCGGCUAGACUUCCGUGUACAAUUAACGCCAUCCCCUUGCCACCGCCAGGGGGGCUGCUCUGGCGCCGUCGCGACAUCGUUCUUGGACCGUCUUCGCAUCGCAAGUUCUCCACGCAAGAAUUUUUGGGCGGUGUUGUCUUCGUGAUGUCCUUCACGCAUGUCAUGUCGACAGAUUUUGGCUUUUACAAUUGCUCUGCAGUGAACGCCUACGGCAGCGACUCACAAACCAUGGAACUCAGGAGAGAUGAUGAAAUUUCAAUUUCCUCUCUCAGUGGAAUUUUAGCAGCCCUCGUUGCUGCCGUCUUAAUGGCGCUUCUUUUAUUCUUCUGCUGCCGAAGGCGACAGUAUAGAAAGGCUAGACUAAAAGGGAGCGUGCUACCAACUACAUCGAGUAAGCGAAAACCGUAUUUAAUGGAUGAACCUGGUGGAUACAUGCACACUAACAACCUACCUCAUUUGAUGAAACUGGAUUCCAAGGAUGAUGCCUUUUGCCGCCACAGUAGCUCAGGCUCGACAGAGGGGGAAACAUUUGAUCGCUACCAAUUCCCAUCAGCUGCGGUGCGAAGCUCCUCCGCCCUUGGCAAUGCACAGGUGCGACCUCCAGCGAAUGGCUCCGCGGCGAUCGCGGAUCGUUGCGUUUCAAUGCGACCCUUCUCUCCGGUCUGUAAAUACACCCUCAUAGACGGCAACGGUCAGCAAAUUCCUGUCUGUACCAAUGUGGUCACCUUUGCCAGUCAUCCCGGUGACGGGAGUGGCACAACCCUCUGUCUGGCUUCGGACUACCAGCCCAUCCCCAUUAAUUAUGUGAAUUUACCCGUAACUGAGGGGGCACCGUCUCCCACGUCCUUAGAGCGUGUCACUGUGGUGACAGCGCCUGAUUUGCCCCCGGACAGCGAUGUAAUUGUCAACACACAGGUCACACAUGUCUAG